AUGUGGGCAUUCAGUCACAUGAGAGUGACAUGGGUGCUGCUUGGUCACCAGGCCCAGGUGGUGUGCUGUACAGCGAGUACGCUGGUGGCCUCACGGAUUGACAGAAUCCGGAAGGAUUACUCUGGUUGCCAAACACAGGAGAUUUGGUGUGCCAAAGGACAAUUCACCUUGGGUGUGGAAAAAAAAAACAUGCACAGGGGUGGAAUCCUCCGAGGACGUUGUCCUCUGCCUCUCCCCCUCUUCCCAAUCCUCCUCCUCUCAAUGAUGCCCUCAGUGGGACUUUGCAGUGUGCCAGGAAUAGAAUACGAUUGGGGAGCUCACCCCAAGCUAGUUUGCACCCCCAUACCUGCAGACGCUGACCCAAGCUGCUUUCCCCCAGGUGGUGUAACUAAUGGGCCUAGCUCUAAUGGACAUAGCAAUGGACAUGCCAAUGGACACAGCAAUGGACAGUAUGGUGCGCUGCCCAAUAGUCCAGGAAGCAGCAGCAGUCGACGAGGAAUGUCUGAUGAGGCAAAGGCUACCAUUCUCCACCUGAGGGAAAGCCUAGUGCGUCAGAAGGAGACCAUCCUAGACCAGCGAGAGACUAUACGAGAGCUGACAGCAAAACUGACACUCUGCGAGGGCUUUGGGAGGGGUACAGGUGGGCACCACGAUGAUGAUCACCAUGGCCCAUCACACCAUGGCUCUCACCACUCCACACAUCACUAUGACAGUGACCAUCAUUCUGAUCCCCAUUAUCCUCUCAAUGGGCACCGCAAUGACCAUCAUAGAGGAAAGUCACCAUAUCUGGGUAAACACAGUUUCUCCCCUGAGCAGGCAGGGAAGACACUGCAGGCUCUAAAAGAGAGGCUGGAGAAUUUACAGGCAAGGAAUUCCUCCAGCACCUAUUCAAAUUCCCUGAGAGACCUUCUGCAGCGCAAAAUCAAUGCAUUAGAAGAGCAGCUCCACCACCACUAUGACGAUCAUCAUGACCAUGGACACCACGACAACCAUGGGCACGGUCAUCAUGAUGAUCACCAUGAAAAUCAUCAUGACAGUCAUGGAGAUCAUCAUGAUGAUCACCAUGAAAGUCAUGAUGACCAUCACGAUGACCACCAUGAUGACCAUCACGAUGACCAUCACGACGACCACCACGACGACCAUCACGACGAUCACCAUGACGACCAUCAUGAUGACCACCAUGAUGAUGGUCACCACGGCAAUGAUGAUCAUGGCCACCAAGCCCGGACCCCUCACAAACCAACUGGAUCAAGAGCACCAGCCCGCGGGGCCCACAACAAGUUGGACACAGUGCUCAGCCAUCUGUAUCACAGGCCACCGGAAGCAGGGACCCACAAGAAACCUAAGAAUCCUGACGCCUUUCAAAUCGGAUUUCCCAUGCGCACCAACUACAUGUACGGCCGGAUCAAGCGCACUCUUCUCAAUGAGAUCUUUGCCCUGACUGUCUGCCUCUGGGUGAAGGGGGGCUCAGGGCCAGGGCUUGGCACCCCUUUCUCUUACUCUGUUCCUGGUCAGGCUAAUGAGCUUGUCUUGAUUGAAUGGGGCAACAAUCCGAUGGAAUUACUUGUGAAUGACAAAGCUGUGACUCUACCCCUAUCUCUAACAGACAGUAAGUGGCAUCAUCUGUGUGUGACAUGGUCAACUCGUGACGGUGUGUGGGAGGCCUAUCAAGACGGAGUGAAAAGGGGCUCUGGGGAAAAUCUAUCCCCCUGGCAUCCCAUAAAACCAGGGGGAGUGUUUAUACUGGGACAGGAGCAGGACACUCUGGGUGGCCGCUUUGAUGCCACACAGUCUUUUGUGGGAGAGAUGUCAGACCUGCAGCUGUGGUCACGUGUCCUUACCUCUCAGGAGAUCUACAACCAGGCUUCUUGUUCCAGCCACCUCACCGGAGAUGUCAUCACUUGGAGCGAGCCCAUUGUCGAACUCCACGGAGGGGUUACCAAAUAUCCAUUUGACCCUUGUCAUUAA